AUGGCUCGCGGUCAGCAGAAGGCAGAAUCCCAGAGGAAGAAUGCAUUGAAGAAGGCCAAGGAUGCUCAUAAAGGUAGCCAAUUGGCUGGUCAGAAGGCAGCUCUUAAGAUGACUUGUCCUCAAUGCAUGUUGCAAAUGACGAACUACAAAGUCCUAACGCAGCACUUCGAGUCGAAGCACCCUAAGGAGACCUGCCCUCCGGAGAGUUCCUUUGCCGCCUAA